ACUAUAAAACAUAUGGAAUCACUGUGUACUCAGACAAUGAACUUGUUACAGCAAGAGAAUUUGAAGGGGUGUAUCUGAGUUGUAAGCACAAUGUAAAGAAAGAAAUUGGUGCAAGGGUGGAAUGGAAAAAGAUUAAAGGCACCAGUGUCUCAUAUGUCUACUUGAAUGGUUUCUUUGUAGGUAAUUUUAAAGAUCGAGCUGAAAUAUUGCACUCAAGCAUUCAAAUUAAAAAUGUGACUAGAAAGGAUUCUGGAAAGUAUCGUUGUGAAAUUAGUGCACCUACAGAACAAGGACAAGAAGCAGGGGAAGUUGAAGUCUCUCUCUUAGUCUUGGUGCCAUCAUCUGCUCCUGUUUGUGAAGUGCCCAUUUCAGCUCUGAGUGGGACAGUAGUAGAACUGCGAUGCAAAGAAAGUGAAGGUGUGCCAGCUUCAAAAUACAGAUGGUAUCGGAAUGGUGCUAUUCUGCCUGAGAACCCAUUUUUUUGGAGGUUCAAAAAAAGGAACAUUUCUUAUACUUUGAAUUCUACGACAGGAACCUUGCUGUUCAAUCCUGUUUCAAAGAAUGACACUGGGGAAUACUACUGUGAAGCUUACAAUAAAGUAGGACGGCCUCAAAGGUGUCCUGUGAAGAGGAUGCAAGUUGAUGACCUUAAUGUAAGUGCUAUCAUAGCUUCGGUGGUUAUUGUGGCCUUAAUAAUGGCUUCCUGUGGUCUUGGGGUAUAUUAUGCACAGAAGAAGGGUUAUUUUUCAAAAAGGAAUUCUUCAAUGAAUAGGAGUUCCAAGUACAGAGUUACAGAAAGUGAAAAGGAUUUCAAGCACACCAAGUCCUUUAUUAUUUAAAAGAAAGUCGAUUUCUGAGGAUCACAAUUUGCUGCAGAAAAUAUCAAAGGGAUGAACUCUUCUGUAAAAACAAUGUUAGGAGCAACAACAAAAACUUGGUGGCAGAUUCAAGAUUCUAUGGCUAAAAGUGGUAAAAGCUGUCAAAAAUGUUAGUCUGAUGUUGCUUGUUUAAAAAAGGAGUGGGAAUAAUUGGCAGAAUAUAAAUAUAUUAUUGCUGUUUCACAUAUCUACAUGUAAAGAAAUUGUGAACUAAUGGUAUAGUUCUGAUUACAUCUCAAAAUGGAUACUGUUUGAGUAGGAAAAUGUAUGUGAAAGAGCAAACAAAUUUAUGAAGGCAUCAAGACAUUUCCUAAAUAAGAACAGUGUUUUGAGACUUACAGAAUUAAAAAAUAGGAAAUCACUGGGACCGUGACCAGGCUUUAUAACAUUAUGUAAUCUGUGAAGAAGUGGAUAGAUUGGUGUUUUCUCACUGACAGCAUUAGCUCCCAUGGCCUUUUGGUGACAUAUGGACGAAAAUAUUCCAUACAGACAAAAAACAGUAUUCACAUUAUUAAUUUCUGUGAUUUUUCCUAUAAUUAAUAUGUGACCACUAUUGGCUUGGAUGGCAUGGAAUGAGAAUUGGACAAAAAUCAUUUAAGAUAAGACUAAAAAUGGCUACCAGUUGUGAUAAGUAAGUACUAUUUCCCAUUUUUUACAUAAGAGUAUUAGUUUGUGGAGACAAAUGUAGGAGAAGGCUACUGCCUUUAACUUCUCACUGAGGUUGAUGGAAGCAUUAGGCACUAGGAUCAGAAACUGGAUUACAUAGCACUUUGACCUAAUUAAGGGGGCUAAUUAUAAAACCACUUUUCUGAAUAGAACUCUGUGACUGGAAUAGCCUUAAACAACUAUCCAUAUUAUUCCAAAACAGAGUUUGGGGCUUUGGCAUUCACGGAGGACUUGCUCUUUCUCUAGAGGUCAACCGCUAAAGCUGCUGCUAUAAUUGCUAAGGAAGGAAAAUAAAACUGCAAACAGUCUGGUCUCAGUCUAUAAUAACCAGAUAAUUUUAUGAAGCAGAAAUAUUUCUAACAAAUUGAUUUGAAAAUUACUAUCAAUUUGAAUCAUUAAUUUGGAUUUGAGGGUAAAUAUGUUUUGUUGCUGUUGUAGGGCUAGGAUCAAGACAAUAACACUCAUCAAGAGUAGACUGAGGUAAUGAUAAAAGAAUGUGUCCUUAUUUAGUCUGAAACUUUAUUCAAAUGUGUGUAAUCUACUGCAGAACCGAAUGGAGUUGGCAACCUCUCAAUGACGAAGGACUGCACUUUUCUUUUUUAUUUAUAUGACUGGACUUCCUACUUUUGAGGUGGGGACUGAUUAUCGAAAUAAAUGAAUCCUAAAUAUAGUAUGAUAUCUUUUAGUUGUUUUCCACCAAACACAGAAAAAAGAUUGCCAUACAAUCCAAUGGUAUUAUUUUGAGGGUGCUAAAAAUAUACAGAAUUACCUGAGGAUAUAUAGGCUGCUUCCUAACACAAGUGACAAAAAUUCACUCAGUCCAUUAUUUCAAGUUGGGGGUUUUCUUGCAGUAAAAUGGAGCCAAAAUAUUAUUUAAAAGCAUUUUUGUUAAAGUAUUUUUUAAGGGUUUUGAUGGCUUCCAAUCAUAUAUUUGAUACUGAAAUUAUGGUAAAAGGUUCUUUACCACCAUUCGUAUUUUUAUUUUAUUAUUUAAUAGUCGAGGAAGGCUGUUAUAUAUUUUUGUCUGAGAAAAAACUUCAAGAAAAUAUUGUUGGCUUUUUAAAUAUAUA